AUGAGGUAUCUCAUAGCAACAAUCCUCUCCCUCUUCGCAGCUAUUGCCGCCGCCGGCCGGGAUCCAUAUACAGUGGCAUGCACUCUAAAAGGCGGCGCUCGCAUGAAACACGUCCCCGACUUAAAGAAAGCCGUCACAAAGGGACAAUCAAACAGCUUCCUGAUCCCCCCAAAGCUGGAGUACGGGAAAUGCGAGUUCCUGAAAUGCAUCGACGAUAGCGCUCUCUCUUGGUGUAAUUAUCACAAGGGGAUCACAAGCCAAAUCGAACCCGGCGAUAUCGCAGAUGCCGUCGACAUCAUGGUCAAAUACUGUAAACGGGGGGAUCGCAUCAAUGGCGAGCUUUACUACUCCGGGAAGCGCAAGGUUGCUCUUGAGUAUCACCAUACCGACAGUAAGUGUGAUGAGCACAAGUUCACGGAGGAUAAGCAGAAUGGUAUCCAUGGGGACUGGAUAACCAUUGGGCCUAGUGGUUGA